AUGUCAGAUACGCUGGGCGAAGCAGGAGCCGACGGAAACGUGCCGAAUCCGGCAGAAAUAAGUGUAUUCAGCGUGGGGAAAUCACUUAAGAUAGAACCAUUCAAGAUCCCAGAAAACCCCUAGGAAAUUGGGCGAGCGUGGAAAGAGUGGAUGGAGGACCUCGACGAAGAAACAUCGCAUUUUGAGAUUACAGAAACAAGGGACUGCGUGAGUGCCCGGAAGAUUUCUGGCGGCAAAGAAAUCAAGAAAUUUGCACACAACUUACCAGAUACAGCGCUGGUGGACGGGGAUGACGAUUACAGAAAGCUGUAAAGGAAACUUAUUUCUUGUCGAAAAAAAACAAGCAUCGUGCGAGAUUAACAUUUAGCAAGACCAACCGAAGGAGAGAGUGUUUAUCGCAUACGCGGCGCGACUACGCGAAAAAUCAAAGGAUUGCGAGUUUGAGGAGCAAACAGAAGACAGGAUACUGGAACAUUUUAUACAGACUAUCAAGGACAACGAACUCGUGAAAAGACACAUUCAGAAGAAAUGGGUACUGGAUCGAUUCCUCGAGAAAGCAAGCCAAAGAGAAGACAUCGAUCAACAAGUCAAAGACAUGAAAGAAUAUUUCGGGAUAUCGAAGGUAGAGCAUCAAUCAAAAGACCUUCCGGUGGGAUGGAAGAAUAAAAUCGAGGAUACCACUGUGACCUCCCAGAAAACAAGAAGACAAACAAGAGAAAGAGGAAAGCAAGAGUUGUGGUUACUGUGGAAAAACAGGAACACAUCCCCCGGGCUGAAACUUGCCAAUCAUUAUGCGUCAUGUUGCAGAGUUGGAGCUCCACAUCAAGAUGGAUUUAAGGGGACUGAGAGAGGGCGAAUCAAGAGAACAACAGUGACCGAGGAGAUAAGCAGUGACUAAGAUAAUGGUUACAUUUAUUUUCAGGAGACAGCACAACAGCUACAUCGAGUGAAGAGGAUGAGGUCAGGUCCUAAUCAAGACACCGUACUAAUCCGCAUAGGAGACAUUGCUCCCUUUGUAGAACCAGACAGUGGAGUAAGCGUAAACGUGAUGGAUGAGUACCAGUUCAAGGCCCUCAAGCAUAGGUCACCUGAGAUUAAAGAACUAGAUCCUUGCAGAGAUUGCACUAAAGAUUCUUUAGUCCAAUCUAACAGUCAAAGGUGA